CAGCAACAAGGGGCACAAUGAGCUGCUUGUCCGUGUGUGUUGUCCUGUUCCUGUUGGAAAUCUCCAGAAGCUCUGCACAAGGAACAUGGAGGAGAGACAGUGUGAGGACUGUGAGAACCACAGGUCUGUACUCUGAAGAUGAGUUUGAGUGGACCACCUGGUUUAAUGUGGAUCACCCUGGCGGUCGGGGGGACUAUGAGCAACUGGACGCGAUCCGCUUCUACUACCGCUCCCGUGUGUGUGAGUCGCCGCAGGCCGUCGAGGCUCGCACCACCAACUGGAUCCCGGCGGGGAACACGGGGGAGAGGGUGCACGUGGACCCGGCCGUCGGGUUCUGGUGCGCCAACGACGAGCAGCCCGCCGGACGCAACUGCUCCAACUACGCUGUCCGCUUCCUGUGUCUCAGAGAUAAGAGCCCAGCAGUUGUGAAGGGAGCCUGGGGCCCCUGGACUGACUGGACUGAAUGCCCAGCACAGUGUGGGCUCAUAGGCGUGCAGAUGCGCUCCAGAGCCUGCAAUGCAAAGCCUCACCUCAGGGAGCAGCAGUGCAACGGGCCAACAGUGGAGGGGAGACAGUGCAAAGGACCAGAGUGCCCAGGUUGUAACCACCAAUGCACCAUGGGUCGGGUCAACGCAGAGUGUGACGCCUGCAUGUGUGAGGGCCACACGGUCUUGGGGUCCGUCCGGAGCUCCGGGGGUCUCCCCGCUCCCGGAGCUGCCAUCCUGCGCUCCGGCCCCCAACCCAAACUCCUGACACUCUCCGACCACAACGGCCACUUCCGCGUCCCGGGGGUGUGUCCCGAUGGAAACUCCUCCCUCACCGUGCAGCUGUUGCACCACGCCCCGCACGAUUUCAUCGUGCCGCUGAGCGCCGAGCGCACCUCCGUCCUGCACGUCAAGCUGGAGCGAGCCAAGAAACCAUAUGUGGUGAAGAACCCAGAGGCCAAGAUUCGCAGAGAGGGACAGACCACUGCGCUCUGCUGCAAAGUGAGUGGAGAACCAGAGCCGACUGAUUUCCAGUGGUUCCACAAUGGCAGCCUGUUAGACAGGAAGACGCAUCACUAUGACAGCACUCUGGUACUGAGGAGCCUGCGUUUGAACCAGGCUGGGCAAUACUACUGCAGGGCCAGCAGUUCGGCUGGAGCAGUCAAGUCCAAACCAGCCACUCUCACUGUCAUUGGUCAAGACGAGGCCUCGUGCAACCCAAAACCAGAAUCCCACCUGAUCCGCCUCCCACAUGACUGCCACCAGAGUCAGACCGACUCGCUCUACUACGACGUGGGCAGAUGCCCGCUAGCAACCUGUGUGGGUCAACUGGAUAACGGCAUCAGGUGCAAGGACUCGGUGUCGUACUGCUGUGGCGUUGCCAAGAUGGAGGAGAGACAGAUUAGUUGCCAGGGAUACCAGCUUCCCACUAUGGUGAUUACCGAGUGCGGCUGCAAGAAGUGCGUGGAGACCAAGGCCAUCGUGCGAGGACGAGCCGUGGCAGCCGAUACCGGGGAGCCCAUGAGGUUCGGCCACAUCUUCAUGAAUGGGGUUAGGGUUAGCCGAACAGGCUACAAAGGGACCUUCUCGAUCCAGGUGCCCCCAGACACUGAGAGGUUAGUGAUCACUUUCGUGGACAACAUGCAGAAGUUCGUCAACACCACCAAGGUGCUGCCAUUCAACACUAAAGGCGGAGCAGUGUACCACGAGAUCAAGCUGCUCAGGAAGAAGGCUCCCGUCACACUUCGUUCCACCGACUCCAACACCCUCGAGCUUGGAGAGGUGUCCGGCCAAGAGCCCAUCGCCAUGAUCGAGAUCCCACCCAACGCCUUCUACCGAGAGAACGGGGAAGUGUACAUGGGCAAUGUUCAGGCCAGCGUCACCUUCCUGGAUCCCAGAGAUGUGUCAACAGCUGCCGCUGCCCAGAGUGACCUCAAUUUUGUGGGAGAUGACGGUGACACCCUGCCGCUCAGGACCUAUGGGAUGUUCUCAGUGGACUUCCGGGAUGAGGAGGCCGGCGAGUUGCUCAAUGCCGGGGAGGUGAAGGUGAAGCUGGAUGCUGGACAGGUGACGAUGCCCGAGCACCUGAACAGCAUGAUGCUCUGGUCCCUGAACCCCGAGACUGGAUUGUGGGAAGAGGAAGGACACCUAAAGAUGGAGAAGAAACGCAGAGGCAAACGGGAGGAGAGGACAUUCCUCAUCGGCAACAUGGAGAUCCGGGAGAGGAGGCUGUUCAACUUGGACGUCCCAGAGAACCGCAGGUGCUAUGUGAAGGUGAGGGUGUUCCGCAGCGAGCGCUUCAUGCCCAGCGAGCAGGUGGAGGGGGUCGUCACCACCCUGAUCAACAACGAGCCCACGCCUGGGUUCUCCUCCAACCCUCGGGCUUGGGGAAGGUUUGACAGUGUCAUCACGGGUCCCAACGGAGCUUGCUUGCCUGCCUUCUGCGACGACCAGAAACCUGAUGCCUACACCGCCUACGUCAUGGCCAAUCUGGGAGGAGAGGAACUAGAAGCCGUGGCGUCCUCUCCCAAGCUGAACCCUAACAGUAUUGGAGUUCCUCAACCCUAUCUGGGGAAGCUGGACUACAAGAGGACCGACCACGAAGACCAACGCGUGAAAAAGACGGCCUUUAGCAUCAAUUUGGCCAAGCCGAGCCCCAACGCGGCUGAGGAAUCAAACGGACCCAUCUACUCCUUUGAGAACCUGAAAGAGUGUGAAGAGGCUCCCUUCAAUGCUCCUCACUUCCGUUUCUUCAGGACGGAGGGUGAUCGCUACGACUAUAACACAGUUCCGUUCAAUGAGGAUGAUCCCAUGAGCUGGACUGAGGACUACUUGAGCUGGUGGCCGAAGCCCAUGGAGUACCGGGCGUGCUACAUCAAAGUCAAGGUCAACUCCCCCCACGAGAUCAAUGUGCGGUCCAGAAACAUGGGUGGCACACACCCCCGCACCGUGGGCCAACUCUACGGUCUCAGAGACACCCGUAGCAUCAGGGACAUGGACCAGGCGACCGUCUCCGCUGUCUGCCUGGAGUUCAAGUGCAGCGGGAUGCUCUAUGACCAGGACCGCGUGGACCGGACACUGGUAAAGAUCAUUCCUCAGGGAAGCUGCAAACGUGACGGUGUCACCCCAAUGCUGCAGGAAUACCUGGUCAAUCACUUGCCUUUGGCAGUCAACAACGACACCAAUGAGUUCACCAUGCUGGCACCGCUCGACCCACUGGGCCACAACUACGGCAUCUACACAGUAACGGACCAGGACCCGCGCACGGCCAAGGAGAUCGCUCUGGGCCGCUGCUUCGAUGGUACCUCAGACGGGACAUCUCGUGUGAUGAAGACCGGUGAGGGCGUGGCGCUGACCUUCACCUGCGGUGACCGCGAGGUGACGCGGACCAGCGUAUUUCAGCAGCUACAGAACCCCCAGGGGGCGCAAGGCGGCCAGGGUUCGGUGACCUCAGGGCGACAGCCACAAGGGCAACGGGGUAACAGAAGGCAGAGAGGCGGGGGAUCAGGAAACCUGAGAGGCAACCGUAGGCGGAGCACUCGAAACCCUAUAAGAAAUGCACGUGUCUAA